UGUCCUUUAUUUAAUACAGUAUCAAUUACUGAGGUUUGUCAUUUGUCAUGACAGUUGUCUGAGUUUCAUAAUAUCAUGCUUUCUUCAGUAAAACCAGCCAAGCUUCCUUUCCAAAGUAGGUUUCUUCUGCCCCUUAUUGCCUCUUGUAGGAACCUGCUGUUUUGUGAUCUGAAAUAGUGCAAUAUCAAUGUUGUUAGUGAUUAUCAUAAUUAUCUCAGUCUUCAUAUUUCUAGUCUUCUGCCACACUGAUCCUGAUUUCCCUACUCCUGUUGUGGAUAAGUUUAUUCCCUUCACUGAGGUAUCUGAUUUUGCUGAAGGAGGGGGUGGUGCCCUCUUCUCACCGCUGCAAAGUGGUGAUACUCCUGUUCCCCAGGGCAGGGGCAGAAAAGGAAGCAAAGCUGCUGUUUGCACCAGGUAAGGAGGAUGGGUAGGAGAGGAUGUAAAGGGUUUACCUAGGGAAGAUGUGCCACAGGGAAGGGAGAGCUGCCUGGGAAAGAAACAGGAGAGAGGAGCGAUCUUUCCCAUGCCGAGCCUCCCCCAGACCUCACUGACACCAUGUCCAACCAUCAUACCAGGUUUGGAGAUACACUUUAUACUGCUGUUCAGUCGGCAGGGGAAGUUAAGGCUUCAGAAAUGGUACACGACGCUACCUGAUAAAGAGAAGAAAAAGAUCAUUCGAGAAAUUGUUCAGAUUAUUUUGUCUCGCAAUCAAAAAACAAGUAGUUUUGUUGACUGGAAAGACCUCAAGCUUGUUUACAAAAGGUAUGCUAGUUUGUAUUUCUGCUGUGCAAUAGAAGACCAGGAUAACGAGCUGCUGACACUAGAGGUCGUUCAUCGAUAUGUGGAGCUCCUGGACAGAUACUUUGGAAACGUGUGCGAGCUGGAUAUUAUCUUUAAUUUUGAAAAAGCUUAUUUUAUUCUUGAUGAGUUUAUAAUUGGUGGAGAAGUACAAGAGACUUCAAAGAAGACUGCAGUGAAAGCCAUAGAAGAGUCUGACAUGCUGCAGGAGACAGUGGAAGAAUACAUGAACAAGCCUGCAUUUUGAUGUUAAACUACCUGCAGAGAAAACUGCUGUUUGCACCUCUGAAGUGCACUUCCUGAAAUUGCUUCCCAAUGUGCCAGAUCCUCAGAGAAAUACCAAAAACCAAUAACUGAAGGGGCUUGUUUGUAUAAUGGUGAAGAUGAAGGUCAGCUAAUGUAGCAAAGGGUUUAACAAUUCUGUGCUGUACAUUACUCUGUAUGUGAGUUUCUCAGAGUUGUUAUUACCCCAGUCUAGUUUCUCUUCUCCUUGCUGGACUCAGCUCUUGUUUUGCACCAUGUCUUUUAGCUACGGGUUUUGUCAUCACAAAGUGCUCCUCUGACAAUACUUUGAAAAGAGGUGUUUUUACUAGUUUUGUUCACUGCUGACUGUAUGACUCUACUUUUGUACAAAUGUCCAUUAUUUUGAAUGUAAUGGUUAUUCUGCUGUAAUAAUAAUUUUUUUCUAAA